AUGUCAGGCGUGGAGAGAGGAGCACUGCAGAGAUGGCUGGAGACAUCCUACGUUCUCCAGCGUCGUGACCUUAACACUGACCCUCCACACAGCAUCACAAAAAUGAAGACCGACUGGCCAUUCCUCUUCACAUUGAAAGGAAUGUUCUCACACUUCAAAGAGCUCACUGGAAUUCAUAUUCUGGAGAAACUUCCAGCUGCAAUUGAAAUGAAGAGUAAAAAUAUCAUGGAAUAUUUCAUACAGCAUAAGACACCAGGGGUGGAGAAGAUUCUGGAAGCCUACAAUGAAGAGAGAAACAGAACUAUCUGCGCCAUCAUGUGCCUGCUGGCUCACUUCAAAGAGGGAGAUGGUAUCUUCAUUGAGGCUGACCCCUCUGCCACGGCUGCAGAUGUAGAGAGAGUGGGAACCCUGCCAUCCACACCUCGACUAGUUGUACCAGGUACUCCACACCGACAACUGGAUUAUGUCCAUGGACUGGCAGCGGUCUUCACUGCCUACUAUGUUUUCAACCUUCAAUAUCCGGCAGAGGCAGCUUGCACACUGGAGUUUAUACAGAGAGCCUUUUGCGGGAUAAAUUCCCAGCAUGGAAGUAAGGCCAAAAAAAAGAAAGGCCUGAAUGCACCUGUCUGCACUCUGUUGAGAAAGUUGCUUGAUUUUGAGUUG